AUGGUUCCCGAGCGGCUGCUGGUGUCAGCCAGGGGGUGCGAGGAUCGGGAGCGCGGCCGUGUCCCCGGCGGGGGUGAGGUGCAGCCCCCGGGACGGGCCGUUGGGGGUGGGGGCGGCGCCGGGGUCCCGGGAGGGAGGGGGUGCGACGCGACCCCCCGGGGCCCCGGCGCGGGUGCGAGCGCGGUGCGUGCCCCGCAGCUGGACGAGCUGGUGGGCGCGUACCCCAACUACAACGAGGAAGAGGAGGAGCGCCGCUACUACCGCCGCAAGCGGCUCGGCGUGCUCAAGAACGUCCUGGCGGCCAGCGCGGGCGGCAUGCUCACCUACGGCGUCUACCUGGGCCUCCUGCAGAUGCAGCUGAUUCUGCACUAUGACGAGACGUACCGCGAGGUGAAGUACGGCAACAUGGGGCUCCCCGACAUCGACAACAAGAUGCUGAUGGGCAUCAACGUGACGCCCAUCGCUGCUCUGCUCUACACGCCUGUGCUCAUCAGGUUUUUUGGCACCAAGUGGAUGAUGUUCCUGGCCGUGGGCAUCUACGCCCUCUUUGUGUCCACCAACUACUGGGAGCGCUACUACACGCUAGUGCCCUCAGCUGUGGCCCUGGGCAUGGCCAUCGUGCCUCUCUGGGCCUCCAUGGGCAACUACAUCACCAGGAUGGCUCAGAAGUACUACGAGUACUCCCAUUAUAAGGAGCAGGAUGAUCAGGGCCCCCAGAAGCGCCUGCCGCGGGGCUCCCAUGCGCCGUAUCUCCUGGUCUUCCAAGCCAUCUUCUAUAGCUUCUUUCAUCUGAGCUUCGCCUGUGCCCAGCUGCCCAUGAUCUACUUCCUGAACCACUACCUGUAUGACCUGAACCACACACUCUACAGCGUGCAGAGCUGCGGUACUAACAGCCAGGGCAUCCUCAGUGGCUUCAACAAGACGGUUCUGAAGACGUUACCGCGGAGUCGAAACCUCAUUGUGGUGGAGAGCGUGCUCAUGGCGGUGGCCUUCGUAGCCAUGCUGCUGGUUCUGGGCCUGUGCGGCGCCGCCUACCGGCCGACUGAGGAGAUCGACCUGCGCAGCGUGGGCUGGGGCAACAUCUUCCAGCUGCCCUUCAAGCACGUGCGCGACUUCCGCCUGCGGCACCUUGUGCCCUUCUUUAUCUACAGCGGCUUCGAGGUGCUCUUUGCCUGCACUGGUCUCGCUCUGGGCUAUGGUGUGUGUUCGGUGGGGCUGGAGCGCCUGGCCUACCUUCUCGUGGCUUAUAGCCUGGGUGCCUCCGCCGCCUCCGUCCUAGGCCUGCUGGGGCUGUGGCUGCCGCGCGCAGUGCCUCUGCUGGUUGGGGCUGGAGUGCACCUGCUACUCACCCUCAGCCUCUUCUUCUGGGCCCCCACACCGCGGGCCCUGCAACACAUUUGGAUGCUCUACCUAGCAGCUGUCCUCUGGGGUGUGGGCAGUGCCCUCAAUAAGACGGGGCUCAGCACACUCUUGGGAAUCCUAUACGAGGACAAGGAAAGGCAAGACUUCAUCUUCACCAUCUACCACUGGUGGCAGGCGGUGGCCAUCUUCACCGUGUACCUGGGCUCAAGCCUGCCCAUGAAGGCUAAGCUGGCCGUGCUGCUGCUGACGCUGGUGGCGGCCACAGCGUCGUACCUGUGGAUGGAGCAGAAGCUGCGGCGGGGGGUGGUCCCGCGCCAGCCCCGCAUCCCGCGGCCCCAGCACAAGGUGCGCGGCUACCGAUACCUGGAGGAGGAC